GAAGAAAAGGUAAAAUAAUAAAACGAAAGAGAAAAACCGAUUCCUGCGUUACUUUUCCUUCUUCUUUCUCCUCUGAGUCAUCUCUCUCUCUCUCUCUCUCUCUACCCUUCUUUUCUGUCGUUAGUCACAAUAUUUCUGCUCAUUAUCACGAUUUUUAUUAGCCGGGAAGUUCCUCUCCGUGCUUCAGUUUCAGCUAUUUAUGCUGAACUUUUCAUGCAUUUAUUGACGGAUUAAGAGUUGAACCUUGCGCGUUUCUCGACUCUGUUAAAUUCACCCGUCCCCCCGUAUUCUUUCUCGUGAUUCCCAUAUUCUGUUUUUGUCUCUUUUUUUUAAGAUUACUGUUUCUGGGUUUCCUCCUCCCGAUUUCAGGUUCUGCCCGUCUUUGCGAUCUUUACGACAGAGUGGAUGCUUCAGGCUUGUUGCUAAUGAGCAUCAGUUUUUAGAACUAUGAAAAUGGAAUUUGAUACCGGGUACAGAAAGGGGAAUGUUGGGCGCAGCACAUUGGCUAAAAAGCCAAAUGAGACCAUGAGGGUGCUUAUUACCAUUGCUGUCGGGAUAAUAUUUGGCUUCUUCAUAGGAGUUUCAUUUCCAUCACUCUCGUUAACGAAGCUAAAUAUCACAUCUGCUAUUAUUCACGACUUUGUAAUAAUUGGGGACAAAAGUACAGCAAAUUCUACACAACAAGACACUACGAGCAGCUCAGCCAAAAAUCAAGUCACAACAGAUGUCUCAAAGAUUUGGGUUCCAUCAAAUCCGAAAGGUGCAGAACGGUUGCCUCCAGGUAUUGUUGCAUCUGAAUCAGACUUUUAUCUACGGAGACUUUGGGGAAAACCUAGUGAGGACUUGGCCAGCAAACCAAAAUAUCUUGUCACCUUUACCGUUGGUUAUGGUCAAAGGAAAAACAUCGAUGCAGCAGUGAAAAAGUUUUCAAAGAACUUUACCAUCGUUUUGUUUCAUUAUGACGGAAGAACAAGUGAAUGGGAUGAGUUUGAGUGGUCAGAACAAGCUAUUCAUAUUAGUGCCAGAAAACAAACAAAAUGGUGGUACGCUAAGAGGUUUCUGCAUCCAGAUGUUGUUGCUGCAUAUGAUUACAUAUUUAUUUGGGAUGAAGACCUAGGGGUCGAACAUUUUGACGCAGAAGAGUACAUCAAACUUGUGAGGAAGUAUGCUCUAGAAAUUUCACAGCCGGGUUUGGAACCCGACAGGGGAACGACUUGGCAGAUGACAAAAAGAAGAGGCGGUCAAGAGAUUCACAAGGUAACAAAGGAGAGGCCGGGUUGGUGUUCUGACCCCCAUUUGCCACCCUGUGCAGCGUUUGUAGAAAUCAUGGCUCCUGUAUUUUCUAGAGAUGCAUGGCGCUGCGUUUGGCAUGUGAUUCAGAACGACUUGGUGCAUGGAUGGGGACUGGACUUUGCCCUCCAACGAUGCGUUGAGCCUGCUCAUGAGAGAAUCGGAGUGGUAGAUGCUCAGUGGAUCGUCCAUCAAACAGUUCCUUCACUGGGAAACGAGGGCCAAGCAGAAAAUGGGAAGGCUCCAUGGCAAGGGGUGAGACAGAGGUGUAGAAGUGAGUGGGAUAUGUUCAGAGCUCGAAUGAAGAAUGCAGAGAGGUCUUAUUACGAGUCCAUCGGAGUUAACUUCACAGGGCAUACAUAGAUAGUGUGAGAGAAGAAUACCAUGAUAAAACCACAAUUAGUUGCUACAUCUUUACUAAAAGUUCAUUAUUAUACUUGUAGAUAAACAAUUUUCUUAGUGAAUUUUUUUUAUCAUGCGGA